AGAAGCAUUUUGGCUUAAGCUCCUUGCCUUUUCUGUUGCCUUUCACCAGUCCGUCACCAUGGUGUUUGCCCAGCUCGCUGAUGCCUUCUCCUUCUGCACCAGCCCGGACGUGCGGCACGUGCGCACCACAGCCGACCCCCCGAUGGCGCCAGAGGAGUCGCUGAAGAUGCUGAAGGAGGGCAACCGCCGCUUCGUGGACGGCCGUCCGCUGGGUGCGCGCACCAAGGACGCGGCAAGGCGGCAGCUGGUGGAUCAGGGUCAGGCGCCGCACACGGCCAUCAUCGGCUGUGCCGACUCCCGUGCUCCAUUGGAGACGAUCUUCGACGCCAUGCCAGGGGACCUCUUCGUGCUGCGCAACGCCGGGAACACCUGCACGCAUGCCGAGGGCAGCAUGGUGGGCAGCUUGGAGUUUGCUACGGGCAAGCUGGGCAGCCGCCUGAUCCUGGUUCUUGGACACACCAACUGCGGCGCCAUCGCCGGUGCGACCAAAACGUAUUUGGAGGCCAAGGUGCCUCAGAAGGCCGGCUCCGCGCUGCAAGGCCUGCUGCAGGACCUCGGCGCCGUGGCCGAGCAGGCGGUGCAGGAGGCCGGCCCCGGUGCCAGCGCCGACGAGGUGACCGCCCGCGCCGUCAAGGUGAACGUCUACCACACCAUGAGCUUCCUGCUGCGCUUCAGCGAGUCCAUCCGCUCGGCGGUGCGCGAGGGCACUGUGCAGAUCCAGGGGGGCAUCUACAACCUGGAGACGGGUUCCGUGGACUUCCUUGGCGCCUUGCCCACGCAAACGGAGCUGCUUGACUCCACGAUGGCCAUCCCCCCGUCCAUGGUGGAGGCUGGGGAGGCCCGCGGAAAGCAUGGCGUGCGCACGGGCGCCGACAGCGCGGUGCCCAAAGACGUGGCGCUGAAGAUGCUGAAGGCAGGCAACGAGCGCUUUGCCGCUGGUGCUCCCACGGCGACGCAGACCUCAGGCCCUAUGAGGAAGGCUUUGGUGCAGUGUGGCCAGGCACCCCACAGCGCCAUCCUGGGUUGCGCAGACUCUCGGGUGCCUGUGGACACCGUGUUCGAUGCUAUGCCAGGCGAACUUUUCGUGCUGCGCAACGCCGGGAACACCUGCACGCAUGCCGAGGGCAGCAUGGUGGGCAGCUUGGAGUUUGCUACGGGCAAGCUGGGCAGCCGCCUGAUCCUGGUUCUUGGACACACCAACUGCGGCGCCAUCGCCGGUGCGACCAAAACGUAUUUGGAGGCCAAGGUGCCUCAGAAGGCCGGCUCCGCGCUGCAAGGCCUGCUGCAGGACCUCGGCGCCGUGGCCGAGCAGGCGGUGCAGGAGGCCGGCCCCGGUGCCAGCGCCGACGAGGUGACCGCCCGCGCCGUCAAGGUGAACGUCUACCACACCAUGAGCUUCCUGCUGCGCUUCAGCGAGUCCAUCCGCUCGGCGGUGCGCGAGGGCACUGUGCAGAUCCAGGGGGGCAUCUACAACCUGGAGACGGGUUCCGUGGACUUCCUUGGCGCCUUGCCCACGCAAACGGAGCUGCUUGACUCCACGAUGGCCAUCCCCCCGUCCAUGGUGGAGGCUGGGGAGGCCCGCGGAAAGCAUGGCGUGCGCACGGGCGCCGACAGCGCGGUGCCCAAAGACGUGGCGCUGAAGAUGCUGAAGGCAGGCAACGAGCGCUUUGCCGCUGGUGCUCCCACGGCGACGCAGACCUCAGGCCCUAUGAGGAAGGCUUUGGUGCAGUGUGGCCAGGCGCCCCAUAGCGCCAUCCUGGGCUGCGCAGACUCCCGGGUGCCUGUGGACACCGUAUUCGAUGCUAUGCCAGGCGAACUUUUCGUGCUGCGCAACGCCGGGAACACCUGCACGCAUGCCGAGGCGGGUUGGGAUUUGGCCGGGUUAUGACACACGUCGGCUUUGCAGGGCCCUGAAGUGCCCAAUGAUUCUUGCAAAAAGCCCGAUGCGAGGGCAGCAUGGUGGGCAGCUUGGAAUUUUGCACCGGCAAGCUGGGCAGCCGCCUGAUCCUUGUGCUCGGACACACAAAGUGCGGCGCCAUCGCCGGUGCCACGCAGACCUUCCAGGCCGGCGGUGAGAAGGCCCCCGGCUCUGCGCUGGAAGGCCUGCUGCAGGGCUUGUCCGUUGUGGCCAAGGAAGCCAGCGAGGAGCUUGGCCCUGGUGCGUUGCAGGAGGAACUGGCCGCACAUGCCACCAAGGUCAACGUCUUUUCGUCCAUGAACUUUUUGCUGAAGUACUCGGAGCCCAUCAGGGAGCUGGUGCGCAAGGGCGACUUGGACAUCCAAGGCGGCAUCUACCACCUGGAGACGGGCCGCGUGGAGUUCUUGGGCCGCUCACCCCAGCAGGCAGAGCUGCUCGCCGCUGAGGGCACGCUGCCGCCGUCCAUGGCUUUGGGCACAGUGCGGACCACCUCCGACGGGCCCAUGGCGCCCCAGGCCGCGCUGAAGCUGUUGAAGGUGGGCAACGAGCGCUUCGUGGUGGGUGCGCCGAAGGCUGGCAAGGUGCACAGCAGCAUGCGCGAGACCCUGGCCACGGGGCAAGCGCCCCACACAGCGCUGGUGGGCUGUGCGGAUUCUCGUGUCCCCUUGGAGACCGUCUUCGACGCAUUGCCCGGGGACCUCUUUGUUCUUCGCAAUGCCGGCAACACCUGCACACAUGCGGAGGGCAGUGUCUUGGGCAGCUUGGAGUUCUGCACCGGCCCGCUGAAGACUCGGCUCAUCUUCGUGUUGGGCCACACCAGCUGUGGUGCUAUCAAGGGCGCCACCUCCGCUUUCCUGUCCGGGCAGAAGAAGAAGGCGCCUCAGGCGCUGGAUGCCUUGUUGCAAGGCCUGGGCUCCGUGGUCUCCGACGCUCAAAAGGAGUUGGGCAAGAAGGCGACCGAGGAGCAGGUUGCCGCCCACGCAGUGAAGCUCAACGUCUUCCACACCAUGAACUUCAUGUUGAAGUACAGCGAGCCGAUCCGCCAGAAGGUCCGCAGCGGUGAGCUGGAGAUCCAGGGCGGCGUGUACGACCUGCAGACCGGCCGUGUGGAGUUCCUGGGAGCCAGCCCUUCCCAGGCCAAGCUGGUGGCGGCAGAGGGUGCCGUGGCUCCUUCCCUCAAGAGCAAGAUGCAAGGAGCGUAGAGAGGUCCGCGCAUUGGCGCGGCCGACGGGCCGAAGGGCCCCGAAACGCGGCAGACAAAAUGCUGCAGGCGGUCGCCGGGACUGGCAGGGUCCAGCUCGGCCCGCUUUCAUCACUUUCACAGGUUUUCCUGUAAUGCUCCUUUUAAGGAGCCUCCGAUAAAUGCCUCUUGUAUAGUGCAUAGAAUUACUGCGCACAAGUCUGCAGUGACUGGGCGUUUGUUGCCCCUAUUUUGAUCCUUUCAGGCUGCACGGCAGCCAGAUCCAGCGGGUUGGCCAGGAUUUUCCUUUUCCGGAGCCGUCUGCAGGAUUGCUUAGGUCUAGCCCGGGGCGCUGAAACGCCGCUCCUGUGGCCCGGCACCUUACACGAGGUCGCCUAUACCUUACAGCCUUACAUGAGCCUUG